AUGGAGAAUAUAGAGACCUUAUUAGCUGCUGUGGCUCAGACUCAGGGAUUUGACGACGAGGAGAGAGGGUCGGAGCAUUCGAAGUCUCCGGCAGUGAUUCCGGCCGAUACUCCACCGAAUGCUACGGCGGAUGUGACGCCUCCGGCGUCAAAGGAAGUGGCGCCGGCGGCCGUGCUCGAUAUUUGCGCUGGAGGGAAGAGGAAGAGAGGGCGGCCGCCCAAGGGGCAGCGGCUACGGGUGAACCCUCGGCCGCCCAAGCGGAAUAAAGCGGUGGAGGAGGAGGAGGAGGAAGAGGAAGAGGAUGUAUGCUUUAUCUGCUUCGACGGUGGCUCUCUGGUUCUCUGUGAUCGCAAAGGAUGUCCGAAGGCAUAUCAUCCGGCGUGCAUUAAGCGAGACGAAGCGUUUUUUAGAUCAAAAACUAAGUGGAACUGCGGAUGGCACAUAUGUAUUGUAUGUCGGAAGGCUUCUUAUUAUAUGUGCUAUACUUGCACUUAUUCACUGUGCAAGGGAUGUAUCAAAGACACAGAUUACGCGCGUGUCAGAGGAAACAAAGGAUUUUGCUCGACCUGCAUGAAAACUAUCAUGCUGAUUGAGAAUAAAGACCAUGCAAACAACGAGGUAGGAAAUUGCAUCGAUUUUGAUGACCAGACUAGCUGGGAGUAUCUCUUCAAGGUAUAUUGGGUUAUUCUAAAGGAGAAGUUGUCAUUGACACUGAACGACCUUACUCGAGCUAACAAAACCCGGAAAGGCAUGACUGCUGGAAGUUAUAUACCCCCGAGAAGUAUUUUAAUGCCCACUGCAGUUAAUGUAGAAGUUCCUAAAGGCUUGACUGCUGGAAAUUAUAUACCCCCGAGAAGUAUUUUAAUGCCAACUGCAGUUAAUGUAGAAGUUCCUGUUACUGACAGUAGUACGGAUCCCUUGGAGUUGAAGAAGCCCCAAUUAGAGCAUAAUCUGCCACUACCGAGCGAUUCUAACAAUAUGGAAAAACUUAAUAACCGAUUUGAGGGAGACGGCCCUGCAAAACCAAGCGUGGAAGAAAUCAUGCAAGAGACAGGCAUCGAGAAGGCCACUGAUGAGCCAGGAAUGGAUAAUGAUCAAGACAAACUAAAUUCUACCAAAGAUACUGACAAGUCAUGCACAUCCAAGGACAAGAAUGGUGAGGAAUCGGAAAAGCCUGAAGCCGACCAUAUUACUGAAUGGGCAACUAAAAACCUCUUGGGAUUUGUUGCACACAUGAAGGACGGUGAUGUGUCGGCGAUGUCGAUAUUUGAGGUGCAAACAUUAUUGCUCGACUACAUAAAUAGAAACAACCUUUGGGAUCCUCGUAGAAAGAGUCAGAUCAAAUGUGACCCAAGGCUCAAAAGUAUAUUCGGAAAGACUCGAGUCGGUCAUGUUGAAAUGUUGAAGCUUCUUGAGUCUCACAUUCUCAUAAAGGGCGAUUGUCAGAAUAAUUCUUCCAUUCCGGCUGGGUUUGUGAGUUCUGUUAGAAGUGAUAGGGAGGCUGAUGAAUCAGAAGAAGAUAACAAAAGUAGUGAUGACAGUAAGAAAGGUAAAGAAGAAAGUCCCACCCAGGCACAAGUAAUCAUGAACGAGAAAACAGACCUGGGCGAAUCAUUUAGUUCGGAAAAAUACGCAAAUCAAGAAAAUAUUACUAACUUGACUACCGACAGUACAAAUGAUCAUUACAUGCAAAGGUCUGAAUUGGAGACCUCGACUCCAACUGCCUCAGUGGGAAACUCGCCGUCUCCCAACGUUACAGAUAUCGAGAAACUGUGGCAUUAUCGUGACCCGGACGGCAAGAUCCACGGACCAUUUUCCAUGCUGCAACUGCGUGAGUGCAGCACGACUGGACUGUACGCGCCCGAUAUGAGGAUAUGGUCAAAUCACGAGCAAUAUGACUCAGUAUUUCUCACCGACGCCUUGAACGGGAGAUUUCAUGGAGCAUCUGAUUCUUCAAACUCGGGCUCACGAGAGGAAGAAGGGGCUACCGGGAAUAUCAAUACAAUAAGCGAGGGUAUAAAUGUCAGUUACGAGGAUAUUAGAAACGUUGACACACCUUGUAAUGAUGCGAGUGUUUCGUCCGCUAAUGAUGCUGGAGCUGUGGUGGGAGCAGAUAGGUCCAACUCUUGGCCACGGUGUUGGGAUUUUCUGAAGGAUAAUAGUAAUAAUGCUGAUGUUAAUAAUGAUGUUCAAGCACAUAAUUUGCUUCCUCCAUCGAGACUUGAGGAAAAACACGAAGCUCUGAGAGAUUGUGGUCAAGAGAGUGAAAAUCUUCACCACCAUGAUUCACGGCAUGGAGAAGAGGAAAUUAAUUCAACCGGGUCCGCUCAAAACCCAAUCUCCAGUGGAUGUGAAGCUCCUGUGGUUCUACCUGCCGAAGAACAAGUGAGAUCUUUCAAUAUUGAUCUGAGCUCAAACGAUGUGGGAUUGUCAAAAUCACUUGUUUCAAACAAACAGGUCGAUAAUAUGUCCAUUUUGGAUUUCCCUAGUCCUGCAGGCCCAAACACAGAUUCCCCAGCCCAACAUACUGGAUUCCUGGAGCUACUGGGACCUGCAUCGAGAUCCGACGACCAAGACCACCACACAUCCGAGACCAAUCCUGGUUUCGUAAAUCUUCCCAUCCAAAUCUCGGAAAUGGUCGACGAGUUGUGCGAACUACCGUUUACAUUCUCUUUGAAACCCCCGGAAGCGGCCACCUCAGCUCCCGAGCUCCCGUCACCCCCCACCAACCCCCCACCGAGCAUGCCCGGCUGGCUGGCAAGCGCGAACGAACCCAUCGAGUUCGACGCCCUUGGCGAGGAGUCGGUCUCAGACCUUCUUGCAGAGGUUGACGCGAUGGAGUCUCAAGGGGCCCCACACUCGCCCUCGGCCGCCAUCAAGUUCGCCCGCGAGUUCCUCGAGGAUUGCAGGGACGACUGCUUCAGCUCGAUCGAGGAGUUCGGCUCGAAAAACGACGCCUUGACUCGGCCCGAUCCCGUCUCGGCCGCAAGCAGCGAGGGGGAGACGAAUGCUGCACCACCGGGUGCAGGUGUGGCGGGCCCCAGUUCUGCCCCACCUCCGGACAUAUGUGUGGACCCUGGGUGGGGGGCGGUGCAGGGGCACAUCAACCUGGUAACUGUACAAGGGAAUGUGAACCUUGUCCUGGGAGGGCCCGCGGGCUGGGGGACGGGCCUGGGCUCGGGAUGGGUGAGUCCGGGCCUGGGACACGGGCCGGUUGGUGCCGGGAGCCUGCCCUGGGAUGGGCAGCGGAAGUACCAAGGGGGCUGGGAGAGGUUCGGGAGCCCCAGAGAGUGGGCCGGGGGAUACCAAGGGGGGCGGGCCCCGUGGGGGAGGGGAAUGGGGGGGUAUCCGAGGUCUUUGCCCAAGGGGCAGCGGGUGUGUAAAUUCUAUGAGAGCGGUCAUUGCAAGAAGGGGGCGUUUUGCGAUUACCUGCAUCAUCCCUGA